UAGCAAUAGCUGAGGCACUGCUUCACGGAGAGAAAUGAUCAACAGAUCAAGAGCGCCGAGGAGCAUCAUGGAGUCUUCAGAGAGGAGAGAUAUCUAUGUCAACAUCUUUCAAAUUAGAUAAUUUGAGUAAAGUCAAUACAAGUGUAUUUCUUCCUAAGGGGGCUUUAAUCAUGGGCUUUGCAGCAGAUGUUGUCAUUGUUGUGUCUCGUUCUCUUGCGAACUCUGGCACAGGGAUCGAAGCCUGCCUCUCACAAAGGGGGAAAUAAGGGGAAGGGAGGAAAAGGUGGAGAUCACGUCCUCAAGGAUGGUGAUAAGAUACGGUUAGGGACGAUAGAUGUUGGGAGUGGCGACGAGACUCUAGUAGAGGACAGCGUGGCGGUUGGGGCACCGUCAGGAGCUGAAGUGCAACGCGAAACUAAAACUGCUGCAAGAACAUACUACGACCAAGAAGAAACUCUAGUAUCAGAAGAACCACCAGAACAAGGACCAGAAGAAUGGCACGACUUCGCAACUGUGAUCGUGUCGAGUCCUCAGAGUCGACCCCUACGCCGCGUCGAGAUCAUGGAGGAAACGAUGAAGACCUUAGCGGAGAGAACACCGAAAUUAAGGCUGUAGUACUCGUCAUGAAGUCCUCCGUUCCUUGUUCAUGUAAAUACUCAGGCACUUCUCAAUCAUGUGGUGAAUGAAAAAAAGAAGAUUUAUUUGGGGUUCUUGCAGAGAUAGUGAGCAUUCUUGGAGUUUUCUUUUUGUUCACUUUAACCUCAUCUUCUUCUACACAGCCACAUGCCUCGUGGAAAUGCCAAGGAAAACAAUAUGCGGACCACCUCCUUCCUCUAACUCCCCACUUGGUUCACCUUUGCUUCGAUGGCAACACGAUAGACCGAGUGCGCACGAUCUCCUACGUCCACAUCCAUCCAGAGCUAGCGAACAACGCCACUUUGCGCCAAGAAAAAACACUCUGGCAGCUAAAGUUGAUGAGCGACGAGCUCGCAGAUGCGGAAGAAAGAUAUCUGAGGUACUAGGUUUUUUUUGUUUUGAAAAUAGCAGAACAUCUGAUUGUAUGUGUAAAUAGAUUGAUUUUGUUGAAGACGUACACUACGACUACAGCCCUGUACCUACUAUGGUAAUUAUUUAAUGUAGUCAGUGACUUGCCUGACGCCUACGCCCGUAUCAAAUAUUUUGGGUCGCUAUUUUGAGUGUGUGAAUGGUUAGGCGCGCACACAGCGCCGAGUGGCAGCGGCCGCGACCUCGUGUCGGAUGGGUGACAGUCUCCCGUUAGCGCCUUGCGAAAAGUGAGGGUUCGUUAACCUGCAUUCAGGAAAUGGCUCCUGAGGUGCCAUCCACCUGCGCGAGAGGCGGUGAGUGAGAAGCGCACCGUCGUCCCAGCUGGGCCAUGAGAGCUCCCGCGGCCCCGUCUGAGUAGCCCGAGUGGGGUGUCCUGGGCCUAAUAACAGACUGCUCUCCAACGGGCGAGAGCGGUACCUGCGCCACGGUAUUUGUUCCUCGUUAUAAUCUACAUAACACAGUUUAACCCGAUCCGGCAACCCGAAUUUUUUCGCAAAUUAUGUACCCAUCCGAAACGGAACGACUAUGAUGGCUGGCGCACACCUCGACUCUAGAUGUAGGAAGCCCUUUAACAACACAAUCUAUCGUGAUUUCAAGAGAAGGGCAAAGAACUCAGCGAGGAGGAUAUUCCAGAAAGGAUGGUGGGCAAGGGCGGAAGCAGAUGAAGCAGCUUUCACCGCAAGUAGAAUUAAGGGUUGAAACAUUUCAUAUUUGUACGCAUGUCAUGAUGAUUUGGCACAUUUCAAGAAGAAACGUGUCUUCAAAUAUGUAGGGCAAAUAUGAAUUGUUUCAACCUUUAAUACAACUUCCUCCACUCCGUCACGAACAAAUGACUCAGCUCUUACAAGAACAUCCUCUUCCCGAUCUUCCCUCUCCUUCGCUCCUCUAGCUCAUCGUCGGUCAUCUUCUGUGUGGAACCCCUUUCGAGAAGAUGCUAUCUCCUUGCGUUCCCUGAAACGCCGCGGACUGCGGAGUACCUUUUUCUCCGAUGUCCCCAACUUGCGCAUGGUCGAGUUGAACAAGAGAAGCUGCCUCGGCGGCGUCCUAGAAAGUUGCAUCUCUGCACUGCCUCCAAGGAUCAAAUUAGUACACGUGGUGCAAGCGGAUAUGCCAUUUUUGUUAAGGCAGAAUAAAGUAAAACAAGUCUUGUACUUGUAGUAGUACUACUAACUAUUUAGAAAGUCAACAUCGUACACAACUACUACUACUAGUGAUUACUUCUACCCGUACAGAAACAUUAUGAACAUCUUCAUCAUCUGUUUUGAAGAGUGCUAACGUAAUUCACCUGCAAAGACAACACCUUCUCGACCACGUCUAAGGACCCGUAGGUUCGACUUCUCUGGUGUAGUCUCCUUGAUGCGUGCCUCACGGCAGAUCCGAGACCAAGCUGUGGCCUCUACAAAAGCUAAGGUGCAGGAGCGACUUGAAUGGAACGCUAAAAAUCGAAAGCUACUAGCUGCAACAAGAAAAGCUUUGAGGAAGGCUAAGAAAGUAGUAGUUGGAGCAGGGGGUAAAAAAGGGGCGGACGCGGUUGUAUCUGAAGAUGAAGGAGAUGUCGUUGUAGGGCUAGGGAAAGUGAAGACACCUGGAGGAACAGGGACACCAGUAAACGCAUCUUCUACAACAAGAAUAUCGACGUCAGGAGCAUCAAGCGGUCGUGACAACAUCAACACGACAUCUUCUUCGCAAAAGGGUCUUGGUAGACCAGGUGUUGCAGAGGAGGAGGACUUGCAGCAGGAGUCGGAUGGAGCACAGCUGAAUGUAUUUCAUACUUUUCUAACUAUGAGGACGAGAAGAAGUAGAACGAAGAUGUUAGCAAUAUUACUACGAUCCAUUUCAUCAUGCCCUCUAACAAUUUUCUACUAAUGAAUCUGUCAACAUUUUUGUCUCAUGAAUUAAUGCUCACGACCACUCCAAACCUCCACACACCUCAACAGCCUCUCCAUCCGAAGCCGGUCCGUCCCUUGAUUUGGGAUUUGCAGCGGACCCUAGAGAAGAUACCGAAUAUAGAGGCUGUUCACUAUGCUCAUGGGCUGAACUGGAUGCAUGACAGUUGGGGAGUGCAGGUUUGCCAUGCCUUUUUGCCAACAUAUGUUGGUGAGAAAUUGAUUGGAUUUUACUACCAUGCACGGGAUGGUGGUGGAGGCGUAAAAGUGAAUGGGAACAAAGUAACAACGUCUUCAAGGAGCUCUUCUUCAAGUAGUGCUGCAGCAAGCACUAAUAUAGACUAUAUAGGAGCGUCCGGAAGUACUAGCACGAGAGCAAGUGCAAGCACGACAUCUUCAGAGACUAAAGCCCAAGAUGGUCGUGUGACCGUCUCCCUGACUCGAUCCAGCGUCUUCUCUGACCAGUCCCACAUUGUCCAGAGGGAUUUCUAUGACCGCUUUAUUUGGCCUACUGUGAGACAUACAUUCGGCGGUUUCGGAGUUUUUCCGGAAGAUCAGAUUACGUGCGUGGUGAACAAGAGUUACGGGAUAUGGCAUGUUGGUGACUUGUGGGAUGGGGACUAUGCGGCACAUUUGUCUCCGGGAGAGGAUUGGCGCCAAGAGGCUGCGCGCGACAGAUACCUCUCAGCAGACGACGACCCGUUGUGCACAGCCUUGAGAAAACGGAAAUUGACGAAGGAAAGGUUGUUACUUGGGGAAGAGGAUGGACUACAUGGAGAUAACGGCACUAACCCAGAUGAAGUCCCUCCAGACUUCUGGCAGAAAGGAUUACCGGAACUAGGUACCUUUUACAGUCAUGAAUACACAUAGACAUAGCCGUAACGAAGCAGUGUGGACUGUGGAAGUGCUAACUUGUGCCGUUACCCUCAGUUCGCAGUUUCUAGCAUACAAAUCUUACGUGUUGUUCUCACUAACUACUCAUCUCUUUAAAGUGAAUCCUUAUUCAACUUCUCCAUAUUUCACCCCCUUUUUACAGGCUACACCCACCCAGUAACGAAGGAGCGAGUACCUCUUGGGCAAAUAAAAGCGUUUUCUAUCGAUGCAUGUUGGAAACGGAAAGCAGCUAGGGAGGCUUCUCCCGCUCUACCGGUACCAGUUCAAAGCGUAGAAUAUGCGAGUAGUAGAACAAGCGGUUUUAGCACAGCUGCGUCAGCACUUGAAUCGGAGGUACCAGGCUCCGGAGUGAAAGAAACGAAUGUAGUAGCGGACAAAAAUAGAGCGAAAGGGUCAACGGAGAGGCCGAAAGACAAGGAAGGUGCAACUCAAGGAACUACCGCGACGAUUGCCGUGCCCUCCUCUCAUCUGAGCUCCUUUUCCUCCUCCACCAGUUCGAAAAAUUCCUGCCUGGGGAUCCAUCCCAACUUCUAUUCCAAGGCGAAGGGGGAUACUUUCAUGCUGCACGAGACGGAACACAACGUGACACAUCCCAAGUACCCUAUGGGCGCGGACUAUGACUAUUUCUGGCAAAAGUGGACUUGUCUUUUCUGCGACGUAGUAGACGGCUACAGAAAGCCUAGUUACGUGUCUCUGAAUAGGAUUGAACCCCCCUGUUGGAAAGGGUCGAUUCCGGUGGAGAUGGAGACGUCGGGGAUCAAGUAGAUGUAGAACGCGUUGGAAAGGAUCGAUUCCGGUGGAGAUGGAGACGUCGGGGAUCAAGUAGAUGUAGAACGCGAUGCGACUACAGGACACCGCGCAAGCAGCACUCUGCCAAAAAUAGAAUGAAAUGUAGACCGGAAGAACAGUACUGACGAAAAUACAACGUUGAUGAAGAACAAGCAAUGAAAAUUAACGACCCAUCGCAAUAAAACAAUUAAAAUUAUCUCUUCUCAAAAAAACAGGAACAGAAUUUCAACCAUGUAACGACAAGGACAAGCACACCUUCUAAAUAUUUUCAACUCUACUCACGUACACGCACACUUAGAGUGUCAACUGAUUUUCGAAUGAAUGAGCGAUUACAAGAACAAGUUUCCAAUAUUAACAAAUUAUCCAACAUGCGUGUUGUCUUCCUCUUUCUUCUAACAAUUGAGUUUGUUGAAACUGAAACUUUCUUUCUCGCCGCGCGGAUGAAUUACAAAUCACUCCUUGUGGUCAAGGAUCCUACCCACUCAAACUCAUCACUCUUUGUUCUUGUUCCUCUCAGUGAGGAGGGUAAAUUAAUCGCAAUACUCGCCAGAGAACAAAAUCACCACCAAUUGCUGCGCCA